AUGACGACGGCAACGCUCACUCUCGGCGCCUUCUCCGCCACUCCGUCACACCGCUUAUUCAACUCCCGUCGGGCUUCGAUCCGUUCCGUCGCAGCGGAGGCUGUCCAGUCGCGGCGGCCGGCGGCGAGCUUCUACGAGGUCCUCCGCGUGGAUCAAGGCGCGUCGCCGACGGAGAUCAAGUCGGCUUACCGGAGCCUCGCGAAGGUCUACCACCCCGACGCGGCGGUGCGCCGCUCGCCGGAGGUCGACGGCGGGGACUUCAUUCAGAUCCGCAACGCGUAUGAGACGCUCUCCGAUCCGUCGGCCAGGGCGACGUAUGACAUGUCGCUGUCGGCGGCGAACGGCGGGAGACGGCGGCGGUUUUCAUCUCCGCUGACGAUGAACCGACGUGCCGGGUCGUACCCGACCCGAAGAUGGGAAACGGAUCAAUGCUGGUAG